AUGUCCUACUAUGUGGGCUACUCGCAGCGAGAGAUCUACAAGAAGCGGUGCAACGAGCUGGACUGUGCAUGCAACUCCGCGGUAGUACAGCUGCUCUCUGAUGUGCCGAAUGAGGUAGCGAGCCUCAUCGCACUUGACCUCUCCCGCAACUUUCUGGGGAGAAAAGGCGUCAUUCCGCUUCUGGAUGUGAUUGAGGGUGCCACGCAGCUACGUAGUCUCGACCUUCGUGACCAGCAGCUCGGCAAUGAGGCUGUGGAACUGAUAUGUGUGCGCCUUCGGCGGCACCCCUCUCUGGUGAGGCUAAACCUGUCAAACAACCCCAUCACUCUCGCCGUUUCCAGGGCGCUGCUCGAGCUGGCCAAGCAGAACUCUGUUCUGCAGUAUAUCCUCCUAGAGCACACAUUCGUGCGUCCCUCCAUGGUGACUGUGAUCGAGGUGCAGCUCGAGAAGAACCGGGCACGCGCUAGAGCUGCGUCGACCGUAUCAGCGAUGCAUGAGGACAAGACAAGCCGAAUUGCAACCACCACCUCCUCAGACGCAGGGACGUCUGUGGUCGAUGUCAAGGCUGGCAGUUCGAGAAGCGAGCAGAUUGUAUUAUCCACACCAGCCGGUGGUGGCAUUGCUGCUGCUGUGUCACUUCUUCAUAGUAGUGCAGCACCGAUGACCACGGGUAGCAGCGAGCUGCGCCAGCGCAUCCCAGCACACGAGCUGCAGCACGUCUUGCGCUAUUACACUCACGCAGUAGCUGACGUUUUAUAUGACGUUAAUCCCACGCAAGACCUCUGGGGGUGGUGUGAAGCUCGGCAGUACAUGUUUGACGACGACCAGUUCAACUCACGCAACAAUCACUUGCACAGGACGGCACGGCACCGGUACAGCAUCGCUGGCUGGCGGCGCGUCGGCGAGCUCUAUCCCGACGCCACGCUAUUUGGGUGGGAAAGUGCGACAAGGCUCUCAAACGGCACGGCACAGCAGGCUGCAUCCGACUUCAGAGGCAGUGGUCUUCAGCACACUUGCGAGGGUCUGAUAGGAGGUGUGAUGGACUCCACAAGAGCAGCUGUAGGUAGUGACCGCAGCAGCAGCGGUGCGGCAUAUUCGGAUGCAACCUCGGUCCUCUGGCAGCUCCCCACAGAUGUCCCGCCGGGGUUCACGUGGGCCUUCACAGCCCUCAUGGCGAGCAUGAAAGAGAUGGGGUCACUGCAUACCCUCCUCUGCGCAUCCGCCACAGGUCUUCCAGACGGUGGGAUGCGGGUGCAGCGGGGCACUGCUUGCCCUGGUAUCUACACGAUGCGCAUUUUUGUGGAGGGCCAAUGGCGCUACCUCCUCGUGGAUGACUUUCUACCUGUAGACGAGUACGGCCGGUUGAUCUUCACGAAGCUGUCGAUGGACGACAAAGCGUUCUGGCCGUGCAUCUUGGAGAAGAUGCUAGCUAAGCUGCACGGAGGAUACCAUGCGUUGGAUUCGCACUUUGACCAGCACCACGUCGACAUCGACAGCUCCAACAUACACAAGUCCAUCGCUGGGCUGUUCCUGAGCAAGGAGAACCUCCAGAGGGCGACCGGCGGUGGCGGUGGCGGUGGUGCCGCCAUUGUGUGCUGUGGCGGCAACGAUGCUGAUUGGGAUGCCAUGCCGGGCGUCUCACUCAUCGGUGAAGGGGUGGCGAAGAACUGCGGCUGUGUCAUGUCACGCCUCACGAGGGGCCUUUACGACAGCUAUCAACUACACCCGGUGGAGGAGGCGCCGACGACAAAGGUGUUCGAGGUGCUGCACAAGGCUCUUGGGGUGCCCCUGUGCAAGGCAGACGUGCGAGAGGGAUUCGACAUCGCACCGAGUAGUCGUAGAGGGGCAUCGGUGAGGCGGUCAUUUCUUGGGGCUCGCAGCGUUUCUGUGGACGUCCCUGCCAGUGUGCCAGGCGUGUCGUCUUGCGUGACGACUGCCAUGGCCUUUAGCAGAGACAUGUCGCGAACCUUUAACGGUAUUCAGCCACGCUGCGGCUACCAGAUUGUGCGUGUGUGCCACACCGGUGGCGUACGUUUGCUGGAGCUCUGCAAUCCCUGGUGCGGCGCGGAGAAAUGGACAGGCGACUGGGCGGACGAUUCACCGCUGUGGAAGAGGCAUCCAGAAGUGGAAGAAAUACUACUGACGCGCGCCCGAACAGGCCCGAGUGCGCAGAGCGACAGCUGCUGCCUUUUGCAGCGACCCAGUGUGACAUCCAGGCUGAUCAAUACGUCGCUAAAGCGCUCAUUGCUGGCGACUUUGAGCGAGAUGGGAGAGUCACUGAAGGAGAUGAAGUUGAGCACACCGCCAGGCUCCGUGACGAACCCUGCUGGGCAUCCUGCGCCGCCACGGACGCACCUACAGAAGUCCACCUUCUGGAUCGCCUACACGGACUUCCUGCAGAACUUUGAGUGGGUACACACGUGCCGCAUCUUUGGUGACGAGUUUUAUCGGCAAGACGUGCACGGCGCGUGGUCACGCGAUUCGGCCGGUGGCAAUGCACGUGAGCCGUCAUGGUACAUGAAUCCGCACUAUCGACUAUCUUUCCCCUACAGGUCGACAGUUUAUAUGCAGCUGACACGACGCGAUCCGCGUCUCCGUCGGACCCGCGACGUAGGGCGCGGUCACCAAGACUGCGUUGGUGGUAUCGGCCUGCAACUUCUGCGUGACACGCAUUACCCGCUACACUGUCCUGCGACCAGUCUGAGAGACGCGGCACUUGGGACGAUCGCUUACUUGCCCAGUGGCUCCACGGAGGAUAUCGUCGCCGGCCAUCGUAAGGAUGAUGACAACACAAAUGACGUUGUGCGUGGCAGGGGUGUCGGUGCCCCUGACUGUGGCUACAACUCCGCCUUCGCCUCUGUUUUCUCCUCCGAGGUGCGCCAAAUCGGUGAUUGCUUGUCACUGGAAGUCAUGCUCGACGCCGGCGCGGAAUACUGGAUCGUACCCACCACAUACGCACCGAGGGUGCUAGACGAGUUCGACCUCGCUGUCAUCUCAACCUCGCCAUUUAUGCUGCUAGAGGCCAAGGAGUCCGAGUACUGGGAUCAGCGCACGGUGCCACCAGAGCUGCUCUGCUCCGCUCCCACUGGCACUCAACAGGUUGGACAGACGGAGGGUGAGGUGUCCAUCAUUUUUGAUUCGAAGACCCGCAUCGCCAGUGAUGCGAACCUUCUACUUCAGGACACACAACCGAAGCGCAACAAGCGCCUUGCACACAACUCUGUGAGGAACUCAAGCGAGUCCGCGUCUGCCCCGCUGUCCAGUGCGCUGUGUCGCGUUGUCGUCGCUGCCGCGGUGGACCUCGCUGCAGCAGACGAAGACGUGACGAAGCUCUGUGUCAACGAGGCGUACGAGCGGCCUUCGCUGCCCGUGGAGGACGUGAUGGGCACGCCGACGCUGCAACUCGCCAUCGUACCGGGGGAGGUGGACGGUAAAGGUCACCCCACUCGCACCGUGGGUGAAAUCGAUCCUCACGCUGCGCACACGUACGCGCUCGACCAUCACACCGUUCUUGAGACUGUCCUCACACCUGUUCCUCUCAAUAGUACCGAGUAUUACACUGUCAUAUGCGCUCUUCGCCCAGCGGAGAUGCCGGUGCAGGUGCAUUACCGAGUGUGGUGCGCUGCCCCACUGUUGGAGGUGAUGAGUGUGCCGAUGUGGUCGAAGCAGGAAAUGGUACUCUGCUGGGAUGAUGAGAAGGGGAGUGCCAGCUACUACAGUGGUACGAGACAUCCACAGGUGGAGCUGUCAAAGUUGCGGCCGUUUCAGCGAUUCGCCGUAUCGCUGCGAAUGAUGGACUAUGACACCAUCGAACCAGCCAUCAUGUUCUCCGUGGUCGUCAACGAUGGGCUGCAAGGGGAGCUGGUCGAGGGGCGACUGGAGGACAGGGGCGUGUGGUGGCAGUCCGCGUACGUCAAUGGCACCUAUGUGCAGGGUAGCUUCGACCUCGAUGAGCACCCGCCGGAGUCGUUGAUCCUUAUCGCAUGCCUGCAGCCGACCGGCUCAAGAGGAAAGUGCAUACUGACCAUCUCGUCCGAUUCGGCAAACUACCGCGCUUACCCGUUGCGCGCGGUCGGGGCCCACCUUCUGUAG